AUGAGUUCGACAGUCGCUCCUCAGGUUUAUGGUGGUGAUGAAGUUGGGGCUAUUGUUUUAGAUCCUGGAUCAUACAGAACAUCUUGUGGAUUUGCUGGAGAUGAAUUUCCCAGGGUUACAGCACCAUCAUAUGUUUCCUAUGAUCCUAGUGUUGAAUCAAUGGAGAUUGAUUUGAAAACUAGUUCAUAUUCAAGUUUUAAAAGAAGAAAUAAUUAUCAUUAUGGAGAAUCGAUUUAUUUGCCUCGAGCUAAUUAUAAGAUUAAACCGAUAAUUAAGGAUUCAGUGAUUGAAGAUUGGGAUUCUAGUAUAGAAUAUUUUGAUUAUUUUUUCAAGGAAUUAUAUUUGAAAGAUGAGGAUAUUAGUGACUUGCCAUUAUUGUUGACGGAACCUAUAUGGAAUAGUAAAAAGAAUAAGAUCAAGUCUAUGGAGAUUUUCCUAGAGUAUUUCAAGGUUCCAGCAUUUUAUUUAGUCAAGACCCCUACAUGUUGUUCGUUUGCUAGUGGGAGGGCUAAUAGUUUAGUGGUUGAUUUAGGACACGAUAAUUGCUCAGUUACUCCAGUUAUUGAUGGAAUGUGUUUAACAAAGAAUACGAUGAUGACGCAUUAUUCAGGAAAAUUGAUGUCAAAUUGUAUUGAUAAUUUUUUUGAAAGAGAUCAUCAGAUUGAUAUUGUUCCCCAAUAUUUGGUUAAGAAUAAACAAAUAAUGAAUCAGUCAUUGGUCAGGAAUGUUAAUGAAGAGAUUAGUGAUAAGAUAAAGAGAGAGGAUAUCAGAAGAAUAAACGGUAAAACGGAAUUAAAAAAGAUAUUCAAGGAGAUUAAAGAGACAAUAGUGAAGAUUCGAAAUAUUGAUCCAAGCAAUAAUAAUUUAAGCACAAACAAUACCAGCACUUAUAGUUUCAGUAACGAGACUAUUUAUUAUGAGUUCCCAAAUGGAUUGAAUGUUGAGUUAAGUGAAGAGCAAAGGUUCCAACUUGGUGAUGUGUUGUUUAAUCCUGGAGAGUAUGUUAGAAAGAUGCGAAAUGAAAGAAUGGGAAAGAAAAAGAGAAACGAUGCAAACAGCACAAGUGGUGGCGAUAGAGAAGGGGUGUCAGAGGAAAGCAAUGAGAAAGAAAGUGAUGGUGGUGAUGUUGAGAUGAAGACUAAAGAAGAGACGGUGGUGAGCGUUCCCGGAAUUACACAACUCGCGCAGACGGUGUUGCAGUCGAUCGACGUGGAUAUUCGGCCACAGUUGUUCCAUAACGUUAUUGUGACCGGUUCUGUGUCGUUGGUUCCGGGGCUCACAGAGCGGUUACAUCAGGAGCUCACGACGCUCAACCCGGGCAUGAAGCUUCGGAUGCACAGCAUGGGUAACUUCUACGAGCGCAGCUACCAGAGCUGGAUCGGGGGCAGCAUUUUGGCCGGCCUAGGCACGUUCCACCAGUUGUGGGUGAGCCGGCAGGAGUACGAGGAGGUGGGCCCUGACCGGUUGAUCCUUGAGCGGUUCAGAUAG